AUGGACGACAUUACGACUGCCUCUGAUCCACGCUAUGGCGGCUCUGGCGAAGGGUCCAACUCAAACUCCAAUUCUGGUAGUCAACACCAGCCUCCGAUCGAUAUGACUUCUCAAAUUCCCAACAACGACGAUCCGCCAUUCGAUUUACACGACGAUGAACCUGUUCAAGGAAAUAACUUUGCUUUCACCCCGACCCAACUUCACAAACUCCUGACCACAAGGAGUCUCCCAGCGCUACGCGCCUUUGGCGGCUUGCUGGGCUUAGCCGCUGGCCUUCGAACCGAUAUCUCGGCUGGACUCAGCGUCGACGAGACAACUCUUGAUGGAACCGUCAGCUUUGAUGAAGCAGUAGCUUCCGGUAAUCUUGAACGACCACCGCUGGUUUCCGCUGCUUCCCCUCCGCCAUCGCCGCCGCUCCUCCACAACGGUCUUUUCGAACAUCAUGAUAAUCAUUAUGUCGAUCGCAAACGUGUUUUCGGGGACAACCGUCUUCCUCAAAUAGCACAAAAGUCCUUCUUCAGGCUGCUAUGGAUUGCUUUUAAUGACAAGCUCAUCAUACUUUUGACCAUAUCGGCCACCAUCUCGCUUGCUAUUGGUAUCUACCAGUCCGCCGAUAAGUCGAUAGGCGCAUCCCGUGUUGAGUGGGUAGAUGGCGUUACCAUUGUAGUUGCGAUCCUCGUCAUCAUCAUAGCUAGCGCUGCAACCGACUGGCAGAAGAAUUACAAGUUCAAAAAGGUCAAUGAGCGGAAGCAACAGAGGGAUGUAACAGUUGUUCGGUCUGGUAAAUUGCAGCGCAUCUCUGUCCAUGAAGUCGUUGUUGGCGAUCUUUUACAUCUUGAGGCUGGCGAUAUUGUUGCUGUUGACGGUGUCCUCGUGCAAGCGUCAAGUCUGCAGAUGAACGAGUCUUCCAUUUCCGGAGAAGCUGAUCUGGUUCACAAGUGCGUGCCAAACCCCCACCACUCAGUGCAUCCAUCUCGAAUCGACCCUUUCAUCUUGAGUGGAACUACCGUCGCGCGCGGUGUCGGCUCUUACAUUGUUACUGCUGUUGGUGUCAAUUCGACCUACGGACGUAUACUCAUGUCGCUGAGAGAUGAUGUGAAAGCAACACCACUCCAGGUGAAACUUGGCCGCCUCGGCAAGCAGCUCAUCAUUAUUGGUGGUGUUGCUGGCUCUAUCUUCUUUCUCGUUCUCUUGAUCCGAUUCUUGAUCACUCUCAACACCAUUACUGGUGGGCCAUCCCAGAAAGCUGAAGAUUUUCUACAUAUCCUGAUCUUGGCUGUCACGGUUGUUGUAAUUACUGUCCCUGAGGGAUUGGCGCUUAAUGUGACUAUUGCUCUUGCCUUUGCUACGAAACGCAUGCUUCGAGACAAUAAUCUUGUUCGGCUGAUUCGAUCGUGCGAAAUUAUGGGAAAUGCAACAACUGUCUGCUCCGACAAGACAGGUACCUUGACACAGAAUAAGAUGACUGUAGUGGUUGGACGUGUCGGACUCGAAUCUUACUUUGACGACACUGAUCUUGCUACUCCUGACCCGGAUUCAUCCAUGUCUCGUGCUUCCACCAUCAAGUGCGACAGUUCGACCGAUCUCGCAAAGUCACUCUCACCAGAUUGCCGGCGACUACUUAAAGACAGUAUCGCGCUCAACUCUACCGCUUUCGAGACUGACGACUCUGGAUCAUCCCCCUUUAUGGGCUCCAGCACCGAGACGGCCUUGUUACAAUUUAGUCGUCAGCAUCUGGGUAUGGGUAAUUUGGCGGAGGAGAGAGCUAAUUGUCCUCUUGUCGCUAUUCUUCCCUUUGACUCAUCCCGCAAGUGGAUGGCUGUCUUGAUAAAAGUUGAUGACGACCGCUAUCGACUUCUGGUAAAGGGAGCUGCGGAAGUCGUGUUUGAGUAUUGCGCUUUUGUCGUUCUGGACCCAACUUUCCGACUUCCGGUUGCCCGCCUCUCGGAGAAUGAUCGCAUAAGCUAUCGUAACACGAUUGAAGACUAUGCGGCUAGAAUGUUACGGCCGGUUGCCAUGGCCUACCGAGACUUUACGGCACACGAGAUUUUCGAGGGCCCCGACGACGAUCCCGAUAAUAUCAACUUGGAAUGGCUGGCAUCUGGCAUGAUUUUCAUCGGCGCCUUUGGUAUUCGUGACCCGUUGCGGCCUGAAGUUGUCGAGUCUGUUCGCCAAUGCCAAGCUGCUGGAGUCUUUGUUCGCAUGGUCACAGGCGACAAUUUCCUGACGGCUAAAGCUAUUGCAGCGGAGUGUGGCAUCUACACAGCUGGUGGCAUUGCUAUGGAUGGACCAACAUUUAGGGAUCUGACUCCCGAGCAGCUCGACGCUGUUAUUCCAAGACUACAGGUUUUGGCCCGAUCGAGCCCAGAGGACAAGCUUCUUCUCGUAACUCAUCUAAAGAGAAUGAACGAAACGGUAGCAGUGACGGGUGAUGGCACCAAUGACGGCCUCGCCCUCAAGGCAGCUGACGUCGGAUUUGCCAUGGGUAUACAAGGUACCGAGGUGGCGAAAGAAGCCGCAUCCAUCAUCCUUCUUGACGAUAAUUUUGCCUCAAUUGUCAAAGCCUUGAGCUGGGGUCGAAGUGUCAAUGAUUCAGUCAAGAAGUUUUGUCAAUUCCAAUUUACAAUCAAUAUCACUGCAGGUAUCAUCACCGUUGUUUCGGAACUUGUUGGCGACGCCAUCUUCACCGUUGUACAACUACUUUGGAUCAAUUUGAUCAUGGAUAUCUUUGCUUCUCUCGGUUAUGCUACUGAUCACCCAUCUCCCGACUUCUUAAAACGCAAGCCCGAACCUAGAAACGCACCUAUCAUUUCCAUUACGAUGUGGAAGAUGAUCAUCUGUCAGGCCAUAUACCAGCUGAUAGUCGUCUUUGUGGUGCAUUAUGCCGGCUGGGACACUUUCAACCCUGACACCGAGUUUGAGAUCGAAAAGCUGCAGACGUUGGUGCUGAAUAUCUACGUCUGGAUGCAAUUCUUUAAUCAACACAACUGUCGUCGUGUAGACAACAAGCUUGAUAUUUGGUAUCAAGGCAUCUUGCGAAACCCCUGGUUUAUCGGCGUACAACUUAUUACUAUUGCUGGUCAGUUUAUCAUUGUCUUCAAGGGAGGCGAAGCAUUCGACACCACUCCUCUCACAGGUGCCCAGUGGGGGUGGAGUCUUCUCUUUGGUGUUAUGUCAAUUCCUCUGGGUGCUUUAAUUCGACAAAUCCCAGACAGCUGGGUUCAGAGCCUCUUUACACUGGUUGGUAACUGUUGGUUCGCGAUCUGGCGGCCGCUCCGUGCAUCAAUGUCUAAAGCCUUGAAUUGCUUCAAGCGCAAGAAGGCAGAUGAUAAGGAGGAACAGCAACCAGAGCACGAGAUGGGCCCUGUCGAAAAUAUUCUCCACAUGAUGCAUCUGACCUCAGAAAUGGAGGAAGACGAGACACCAAUGACACAGGAACAGAGAGAAGCUAUGGCCCGAUCGGACCAGAGAAGAUUGUUGAAGGAGGGAGAAAAGCAGAAGAGAGAGCUUGAUCUACAUGUUCUAGUGGAGGCGGCCAAGCUAGGAAGGCCUUCCGACGGUGCUAUCUUUGAGAUUCACCCUAAAACCCUCAAGGAUGACCCCAUUCUAAGGACAAGUGGCGGUACCGACAGUACCUCGCCGCCAAGUCAAGACGAAAGAUUUAUGAAAUUUGUGGCCGUGAAUACAGCUCGGCCGCGACGGACGAAAGGGGCAAACCCCCGAGACCAGACGCGACCGUCACAACAGCAGGAGCAAAAGAGCUCAUGGAGACAUCACAUCUCAUGGGAGGGACUAUUGAGAUCUAAGAGGCGAUAA